UUGUUCUAUCUGUGAUUUUACUGUGGUGACCUCUUUGUUGCCUAUCUACCCUGAACCUCUGUUUUCCACCCCUGCUUGCGAUCAGAGAUGCCGGGGUUGGAUUCAUCGCCUAGUGGGUGCAGUAUUUCAACAUAAUAUGAAACGGCGUUGACAAAACUGUGGAAAACAUUGGAAGACUCCCACCAGAUUUAUUGGCAGAAACAAGAGUGCAUCAAUGCAGCAGUCAUCAGUCACCAUUUCAGGAGCUGUUAUUGAGGAUGUGGUUCUGAUAAUCUCCUCAUGCAGUGUCAGCAGAUUCUGAGUCAUCUCCAAGGACAGGUCAGGGGAGUGGAUUCCGCUGAAAUCUCUGAUAAGUUUCAAAGAGCUGGGAUCCGACUUGACCAAGAGGCUCUACAGGAGGUUGUCCAAUUUCUCUUCUUAACGUUCAGGUCGACUGAAAAGAACAACCUCUCUGCUGAUGUACUGGUAGCUAGGCUGGGAGAGGGCAGCAGUAAGUGGUCCAAAGCUGCCCUUCAGGUGCUCCAUCGGCUAUGGAGUGAUCAGGGUGCCCUAGUCAACACGCACCAACAGUCCCAAGCCAUGCUUAGCAUCGGACAGCUGGUGGACAUGCAGUGGAAGCUGGGCAUGGCGGUGAGCUCGGACACCUGUCGCUCUCUCAACUCCCCCCACGUCUCCCUCCUGUUGAAGAUCGCAGACACCUCUGGACAGAUCUCCCAACGGUCCUUUGAAAUGACCAUUGCACAAUUCCAGAACUUCUACAGGCAAUUCAAGGAGAUGGCAGCUGUUUUGGAAACAGUAUGAUGUUCUGUGGCCCAGAAACCCCUCCUUGAUGAGAAAUGCCAUGCCCUUAUUUACAUUAUUGGUAAUGUUUACGCUCAAAGCAUUUUGUGUCCACGAAUGCGGAAUUCCAGUGGUGUAAAAAUACUUUAAAGUAUCUGUACUUUACUAUUUAAAUUUUUACUUCACUACAUUCCCAAAGAAAAUUAUGUACUUUUUACCCUAUACAUUUUGCCUA